AUGGCGUUGCCCCGGCUGGAAGACGAUCCAACAGUUCGUGAUGCCGUCCAUCCUGUCCAAGAUGAUCAAGGCCUGCAAGCAUUUGCGGAGAAGGUGUGCCGGGGCCAUGGAGCCGAGCCGUACCGAAUGCAGGGAAGCCAGUUCGGGCAUCUUAUCCGCAAAAACCCGACGCCCCUAGCUGCCCGUCGUCGACGCGAAGCCUUGAUGAAAGGCUGGGCCGCUACACCGCUCCACAACAUGCUGUCCGCCAAAGAGCUGGCCAUUGACCGAGUCAUGCAUGGCUUCGCCGGAAAUGGUCGUUACCGGAUGUACAGGGAUGAACUUGACUACGAAUGCGUUGAUGAUGGAGUGCCGAACGCCUACAAGCAGUUGCUAGACCCGCCGCGCAGCUUUUACCCG